CUUGUGGAUGUGGCAUGAUAUAAACUAUAUAUAUAUAGACAUUGUAUGACCGUCACAAACAUUCUCCAGGAUCCGUAAUGAUAUGGUUGUCGCUCAGUAACAUGGUCAUUAACUCUUUAUUUGCGGAUUCUGACAUUUGACCAUUGCUUUGGCAUUCUAUCUAACAUUUUCCUAUAUUGAACAGAUUUGAAAUGAAACUUGAUAAAACGAAAUCGAUUUAAACUAGGUAGAAAUAUCCCACCUAUAUAAUGCUUUUCCGCCAUCGUCGCUAUUGUGAUCUGUUUCAAGUCACUUAUAGAACUGUCAUGUAGAUUAAUGAACCGCUUGUUUAUAGACCUCCCCACAAUAGAGGAGACUCGGUAACUAAGAUUAGUUUGUUCUAUACAAUUUACUUACGAAAGGUAAGGCGUUAUAAUCAAUACGUUUGACAGAGGUUGAUUGAGGUUGCUAGGUGUAUGCAUAAAGACCUGUGAUGGGACUCUACUUAAUGUCAGCUCCAGACCUCGGCCAAGAUAUUAUACUGAUAACGUAUUAACUACAUAUCGUCCAUCUCGUCACCAUUCACUGAAACAGAUGUUUUCAAGAUGAAACGCUGGGUGUGAUCAUCGGCAGUGUAGCAGGUGGAGUGGUCCUCGCUCUUGUCGUCGCUGUGAUCAGCUUCGUCGUCUGCCGGAGAUGGAAGCUGAAGCGUAGAUCAUGGGACUAUGACUGGGAAAACAACGACAAAGUCCGGAUCACUACGUCGGCACCCAUUUCCAGGAGCGCCUCUCCAAAUAUGUUAAAAAGGAAGUCAUGUCCUGAUACUGGGGUAUUUAAAGGCAUGAUGGUACGCUCCAUGACAACGGAGGGAAUUCCUGAUUUCUCCCUCCCACCGGAAAGAGUACAGCCAUGUGUUACACCCAAGAGAAGUCAGAGUAUGUCGCCACUUCAACAACAGAACGGCUUACUUGGGGAUAUUCAGCCUGAUCUGUACAGGUCGUAUGGCGGAUGUGAAGAUGACGAUUUCCAUCUUCCUCCAAGUGAGCAUGGUCGGCUCUGGUUCAGCGUCAUUUAUGACGCAGUAGUGGAACAGUUGCACGUGACACUUGUCAAGGCCAAAGAGCUUAUAGGGCGAGGCAGAGAAAACAGCGCCCGAGACCCAUUUGUUAAAAUUUUCCUGCUGCCUGACGAGAGAAUCUGUAGAAUUUCCAAAGUUCGGAAGAAGACGCUUACUCCUGUUUAUAAUGAGAACUUCGUAUUUGAGGUUAGUCCCAAUGACAUUGGCGACAGCAUCCUACGCUUCUCGGUGUAUGACGUAGACAAACGCCGCGUGCGACACUCCCUCGGUCACGUGCUGCUGGCAUUACGGGACAUGGACCUUACCAAAGGGGAUACCGUGUGGAAAGAUCUAGAACAGAGCCAUCAGAUGUCUGAUGCUCCGGGGGAGUUAUGCUUCAGUCUCAACUACCUGCCAAACUUAGACAAAAUAAAGGUGCUCAUUCUCAAUGCAAGAAAAUUACGCCAAAUGUGUUUCGACAAAGACACCGGGACAUAUGUGCGUAUCAACAUGAUGCAUGGAAGAAAGAUACACAAAGUGAAAAGGACUGCCACCUACCGCGCAACCACCGACCCAACAUUCAACGAAUCUUUCUCUUUUUCUUUGGUUGGUAAGGUUCUUGACUCGUGCAGCUUCGAAAUCAGUGUUAUGACGUCAUCAAAAUCGCCACGAAGUCAUGACAACGUGUACGGCAAGGUUGUGAUUGGUUCUUUUAUGUUUUCUCGUGGCGAUGAGCUAUUACAUUGGCAGGAAAUGAUGUCUCAACCACGCACACCCGUGCAGAGGUGGCACACACUUACCGGUAAUAGCAAUGCUCACUAAACGUAAGGACUCUUGAUAGUCACAAAGCCAGCAACCUUACAUGCAGGUCCUGGCUCAGCUCAUCCACCUAUCAGUGAUCUCGGCAAUAACUUCAGUAAUAAAGUAGGAUGGUCUGUCACAGUACCGGUACUUUGCAAAGCUAGCAGUAGCUUAAGCUGACCCAUAUGAUCUGUUAGAACGACCAUGACCAAUUGAUAUAUCGAAGGUAAAUAAAUCGUUUCAAAAACGAUCAUCUACCUCAUACAAAGUGUCACAAAUAUACAUGUACUAAAGCUGUGCUCAUCACUUCGCUUAUAUAUAACCAUGAAAACGUCUCGUGAUGGAGAUCGUAUGGGAUUCGGCCGCUAUGAAUAUGAACGCACCGUAAAAUAUCAGAGACUUGAAUAAACUCCGGGUUAUAUAGCGAUCUCUGAUUGGAUGCAACCCAGAGAAUAAAGUAUAAUAACAAAAGCCUUACCAAGAAAAAUGUUCUGUUUUAUUGAGGAUAUUGCUUUUUGGUUUCCUACAACAUAUGGUAUCUGUAUAUACCAUCUAAAUAAGCUGAAUGUUCUACCACGAGGUGUCUUUUAAAAUAGCAUAACCAUCAAAAGGAAAACAAUUCACAAGAAUAUAAGGAAGUAUUCAUUGAAUAUUCUACUGAUAAAUUUGAUAUUUUACUGGUAGAUCUGAUGGGACAUGUACAAGAUGAGGCAGUAUUUACUAGUAGAUCUGAGGGCACAUGUAUCAGCUGAUUUAUGUUAUUGUUAACCGGUAUGUACUAUUUAUCGACAUACUGGACCGUUUGUUUUAAUAUAGGCUUAUCUCCGUACGUUUGUUACAUACGUACAUGUAUGUGGUAUGAGUUCAAUACAAAGACAAGCUUGUCUCACAGUGUUUCGACGAUUCCAGCAUCAACUAAAACAGUUUUAAACCGUUUUUAACUAGUGAUAAUAGUUGUCAAAAUUCUUUUAUAAUUACAGUUUGUAUUUCAUGUAAUGUAUAUCGAUUCAUUAUAUAUGCUCAUUAAAACAUAUAUAUUAAUGCAUUUAUAUUUUGGUCACUUGUACAAAUUAAUAAAUUGCCUUUAUUUGCUCCAUA